UGAGCUGAACGCUAAUUUGCAGUAUCCAAAAGUAAUAUCCAUUUGAAAUGGAACAAAUAGUAUUUUACGCAAAAUGUUUGCAAAAUCUGUAUUUAAUUUGCUGAAAACCUAAAGUGAAAGUUUUAUGCAUUCAGCAUUUAACGUGUGAUAACGUGUCGUAUACGGGAUUUUGAUACUGUUUAUUAAGUGUACUUAACAUACAUAGAAUUAAUAUGAAGUGCUUAUAUUACUGCCUGAUCAGUCUGUGCCUCAAUACUAAUUGGCUGCUGGCGGAUAUUAUAAAAUACGAUCCAGAAGUUAUUGAAGUUGCGCAUUUACGAACCCCUGGUUUCAUCACAAAGUAUGGCUACAAGUGUGAGGAGCACAGAGUCGAUACCAAAGAUGGAUUCAGUUUGACCCUGCAUCGCAUACCCAAGCCUGGGGCGCAGCCUGUGCUCCUGGUGCAUGGUCUGCAGGACAGCUCCUCGGCCUGGGUGAUGACGGGUGCUGGCCAUGGCUUGGCCUUUCUGCUCAGCGAUCGCGGCUAUGAUGUUUGGCUGAUGAAUUGCCGUGGCAAUCGUUACUCGCGCAAACAUCGCAAAUUUCAUAUAUUGCAACAACAAUUCUGGGACUUUUCGUUCCAUGAGAUUGGCGUUUAUGAUCUGCCGGCGGCUAUUGACUAUGUGCUGGACCACAGCAAGGGUCACGAUCAGCUGCACUAUGUGGGCCACUCGCAGGGCACCACAGCGGCCUUUGUGCUGGGCGCCGAGCGACCAGCCUAUAUGAAGAAGAUCAAGCUAAUGCAGGCACUAGCUCCCGUUGCCUAUUUUGAAAAUGUUGAGCUCCCACUACUUCGAGCAAUAGCUCCACAUGUUGCAGGCAUUAUGCGUUUCGCUCAAGCUGUAGGAAUUAAUGAAAUACCACCGGAAACAGAAGUGUGGCGUGAGUUGUCAUAUAAAUUAUGCAGCUUUGCGUUUCGGUCAACGUGUAUGGAGUUUUUAAUGCAAAUAGUUGGCACGGACGAGGAACAGAUGAAUAGCACACUCACUCCAAUCUUUUUGAGCCAAUAUCCGGCUGGCAGUUCGAUCAAAUCCUUCGGGCACUAUGGUCAGCAGGUGCUAAGCGGGGGCUUAUACAAGUACGACUACGACAAUCCGAAUGUGAAUCGGCGCUAUUAUGGCAGCCCAAAGCCACCGGCGUACAAGCUGGCCAAGAUCGAUUGCAAGGUCGCUUUGUAUUAUGGCCAAAAUGAUUUGCUCGUUUCGGUCAAAGAUGUGCAGCAGCUGCGCAGGCAGCUGCCAAAUGUCGUUCACGAUGAGAAAUUGGCCUACAAGAAAUUCAAUCAUCUGGAUUUCCUAGCUGCAAUCGAUGUGAAAGAGUUGCUCUACAAUAGCAUGUUUCAAGUUAUGGAAAAGGUCGACAGAGGAGAGCUGUAGUUAAGAACGAAUGCAGC